UGCCUGCGCCACCGUUACCCGAGAGCCAGCGUCGCGAGCAGCGGCGGAGCUAGUGCAGGUUUAAGGGGGUCAUUGAGCAGACAGGAGCAGUUUUGGGGGCUGGAUCCCCGAAAGAACCUCCGUGCAUGGGAGGGGAAGCGAGGGACAGAGUCGGGGAGAAAGAAGAUCGAGCGAAAGGACGGCAAAUGAGCAGGAGAGGAAGCAAAGAGAGCCUGUUAUAAAAAUGUCACUGCAGAAGUGCCUAGAGGAGUGGGAGGAGAUUGACAGGGAAUUUCAGCAGCUGCAGGAAGCUCAUAAAGUUUACCGGCAGAAACUUGGCCAGCUGAGCAGCCUGCAGAGCGCAUGCAGCACCUCCAUCCGCAGGCAGAAGCGGAGCCUGUCUGAGCUGCGCUCCAGCCUGCACCGGUGUGCGAAAUCCAGCAGCCCCAAGGAACGGGAGGAGAUACGCGAGAUACAGGCGCAGAUCAGGGACAGGCAGAAUGUCUUCUUCGAUAUGGAAGCAUAUUUGCCAAAGAAAAAUGGGCUGUACUUAAAUCUGGUUCUUGGGAAUGUAAACGUGACUCUGCUCAGCAACCAAGCGAAAUUUGCCUACAAAGAUGAAUAUGAGAAGUUCAAAUUAUACCUGACUAUCAUUCUGAUGCUGGGGGCCAUAACCUGCCGUUUUAUAGUUAUUUAUCGGGUCACAGAUGAAAUCUUUAACUUCCUGCUGGUGUGGUAUUACUGCACGCUAACCAUACGCGAAAGCAUCCUCAUAAGUAACGGCUCCAGGAUUAAAGGCUGGCGGGUAUCACACCACUACGUCUCCACGUUCCUCUCUGGCGUGAUGCUGACCUGGCCAGAUGGGAUGAUGUAUCAGAUGUUCCGGAAUCAGUUCCUGGGAUUCUCCAUCUACCAGAGUUUUGUACAGUUCCUGCAGUAUUACUACCAGCGCGGCUGCUUGUAUAGGCUCCGGACCCUUGGCGAGAGGGACCAGCUGGAUCUGACUGUGGAAGGAUUUCAGUCCUGGAUGUGGGGAGGGCUCACCUUCCUCCUGCCCUUUCUCUUCUUCUGUCAUUUCUGGCAGCUGUACAAUGCAGUGACCUUAUUUGGCUCGUCCAGGCAUGAAGACUGCAGAGAGUGGCAGGUUGUCACGCUGGCCCUCACUUUUCUCGUCCUCUUCCUGGGGAACUUCCUCACCACUCUGAAAGUGGUCCACCAGAAGUUUCAGAAGAGCACAGAAAAGAUCCAGAAGAAGGAGUCAUAAGCAUCGCCACAUAAGAGCAGGCAGUAACUCUGGGAGCAGAGUCUUUAGAGAGAGGACAUCAUGGCGUUGGGGGUGCGGGGAGGGGGGGUGGGCAGCUCCCGUCCUCAGAUUAGCGGAGGAGCGCUGCCUCACUGGAGUCGCCUGUCGCUUGCCCUGGCUGUCAGACAGAGGCUGAGCUACUGGAAGCCCGUGAUCCAUGUGCUUCUGAAGAGGUCUGUCUAGCCUUGCAGUUUUGCUUUCAUGUGCGUAGAGGGACUCCAUUGGCACGUUAUGCAAUACAAGUGGACAGAUAGAGAAAUUCAGUCAUUUAUUUAGAAAUAUACCUCAGAGCAUAACUGCAGGCAUCCUGCUGUUUCCCACUGCCUGAUGUGCUUGUCUGCAGUAAAUCCCUUUCUCUCUGUCAUCUUAACUUGGACAUGGUCACCAAGUGGCCCAGCCAACAACAUCAGUGGGGAUGGUGACAGUGAGCUUUCAAAGGGCGUCGUUUCAGAGUAGGCAAGAACAUAAGGCACAUCCGUGUCAUCCUGUCUGCAGUGUGUCU